UUCAUUUUUCAAAGAAUUUUAGGCAGUGGCAAGUCUCUGUUACUUUUUAAUAAUUCAUAAUCCCCGAAGAACACCUUUCUAAGCAGAUAAGUGUGCUCUGCUGCUCGGAAAGUCGGGGUUCCGGUCCUUCUAAAAUAUUUCUCUUAGAGCUCUAAAUAUAUAUGUAUAUUCAUUUUCCGAAGAGUUCUAGGCAGUGGCAAGUCUCUGUUACUUUUUAAAAAUUCAUAAUCCCCGAAAAAUCCAUUUCUAAGCAGAUAAGUGUGCUCUGCUGAUCGGAAAGUCGGAGUUCCGGUCCUUCUAAAAUAUUUUUCGUAUAGUUUUGAAUAUAUUUAUUCAUUUUGUUCGCGGCGAAUGAGCGGUCGUUUGUAUUAGCCGGGUUACCGGCGGAACGGCGUUGCCGCCGCGCGGCGAAAGUGUUCGACGGCGCCGGCCGCGCGUGCGCGGCGCGCAAGUGUGCGAGCGGAAGCGAGUGCGGCGUGCGCGGUGCGAGUCGCCUCCUUCGCCAACUUUCCUUCCGGCUAGCGACAGUGCGGCAGUGCGAUUCGGGAGAGAGGAGAGUGCGAAACGGAGGAGAGAACCGUUCGCAGUCAAGAGAACCGGGCGUAACGGUCAAGGCACGGGUGGAUGGACGAAGAUCAUCGGGAAGGCCCGUGGACCCGGUGGACCCUGCGACAGCUAGCCGGCCGUUGCGAGAGGGCGGUCGAGAGGACGGUGGAGAGUGCCCGCAGAUCCUGCGCUAUCCAGCCUACGAGCGCGGGAGGCUGAGCGACCAUCGUCCACUACACAACGACGGUGGGACGGGGGGACCCUGCCCAGGCGAUCUCGCUCGCCUUUGCCAGGCUUCUGCCCGGGAGAUACAACGGAUUCAGCCACCGGGAGAAGGCGAGCGCCCUGCGGCUCGUUCGACGGCGGAUCCGACCGGCGCGGCGAAUAUCGGGAAGGACAAAGCCCGCGUUGCGGCUUUGGAUCUUGGUUUGGGGGGACGGGGUGGCCGAGUGCGUCGCCUCGUCACUUUGCGGGCCGUGUUCCCGGGGUGGACGCGAGCCUCAUCUCUGGCGUGUGGGGGUGCGGAGGGGCCAGCCGCAUCACCCUCCCACAGCGUCGGCCGCGGAUAAAUACGCGGUUCGACGUACCUUCCGACGGGACAGCGGGACGACGGAUGUUUCUUCGGGAAAGGGGGCGGUAUCGAUCUGUGACGACGCGCCGCCAUUUCGGGCUUUCGUGGCCAUUACGGUCUCGCGGAGAGACAGUUACCGCGCGUUGAGCCGGUUACCGGAUGUACUUGCGACUAUGUGAUGUGAUUGAUGUGAAUGGGCAUGUAUAUGACGGGUUGCUGCCUGCGCCCGCUAAUGCGGCGGGCCAGGUAUUUGAGAAUCAAUAAAGUGAGCGCUUGCUCGGGCUUUUCCCUUGACUCGCAAGGGUUUUUAUGCCUAAGCAAGUGGGUGUGUAUCGCGGAAAAUGGCAUGUUGUAAUUAUGUGUUCCUUUCAAAGAUUGCAUCCCGCUUCCUUAUCUACGAACCCACGGCUUUAAUAUUUAUGAGACUUAUGCGCGUACCGAAUGUCCGAGGCGUUCCGAUGAUUCAAACUUCGGCUAGGGCUUCAUCGAGAUAGAUGAAGCGAUACAAACACAAAUUUCUGGUGCCCCGGGUGAGGAAGGUGUGGGAUGCAUGUCUUCUCGUUCAUGACAUAGUACUGUUUCUCUGUACCGUUUUCAGCGCGUUUACGCACUUAUUGUGAAACCUGAGGCGGUGUGAAGGAGAGCGAUUGCGAGGGAGACAGUGUUGGUCGUCCCAGAGAGUGUAUGCGGUGUGAGCAUAACGCAUUUGGAAUACUGCUCGGAACUGUGUGGCGGUACGAGUUUCUGGACCAAUUGCCAUUCGAGGCUCGUCGACAACCAUAAGUAGGUACAAACCCCGUUUUGUACCUACGUCGCGGACCUAAGCGAUUCGGGUUGCGUGACGGACACUUGUCCGGGUGCCGUCUGCACUACCGUGAAAGGGUAUUGUCGUGUUGUGAAAUAUACGCUGAUCUUGUUCGGUGAAUUUAAUUGGCGAUAUCGAGUUGCUUACCAUGGCGCCUCCUACGUUGAGGAAAUGGGUCGCGUUACAGAACGUGCGUCUAAAGGAGAUGCGUUUAAUACAGGAACGCUUUCGCAGUAAAGAUAGCGCUACUUUGAACAAAACUGUUAUUCAAUCGCGGUUGGAGAGCUUGAAUGAGAUCUGGGAUAAUGCGCGCAAGACACAUUUGGAAAUUUCAGCCAAAAAGGGGGCGGAAACGGAUCCGUAUAUGGUGGACGAUGUGUACGCUACGUUGCAUGCCACUUACGAGGAUGUGCGCGAUUUAUUGGUGACUUCGCGUGUGCCGUUCGAGGCCCGGGAGGAAUCGGUUUCAAGUGUUCGACGGGUGGACACGGAGCCAUCCGAGCCGGAGGCGGAUGCGUCCGUGGUGCGUCUACCGCGAAUACCGUUACCCACGUUCUCGGGGAAAUACGAGGACUGGGAGAGCUUUUGCGACCUCUUUACCGCUCUGGUACACGAGGUGCCCAAGUUCGCGGACGUGACUAAGUUGCAAUUUCUGAAAUCGUGCUUGAAGGGUCCGGCUGCCGAGUUAAUCAGGGAUGUCAAAACGACAAACGCGAACUAUGUUAGUACAUGGUCAACGCUAAAGGCGAGAUAUCAUAACCCACGUCUCAUUCUUGCGAAAUAUCUUACGUCUUUGUUACAACUCCAACACUUAAAGAAGGAAUCGGCGGUAGGCUUGCGUGCGUUUACCGACGAAGCGACGCGUAUUGUUCGCGCGCUCACGAAUAUGAGGUUGCCGGUAAUGCAUUGGGAUCAGUGGCUUGUCCACAUUCUCGCGGAGAAAUUAGAUCCGGAGUCUCGGAGACUCUGGGAGGCUGAGCUCAGCGCGAAAGACCGGAAGGCUGCUUUGAGUAUGGGAUCGGCAGACUUUGAUCUGUUGAAAUACCUGCCUACCUUUGCAGACAUAAUAGAUUUCCUGGAAAGGCGAGCACAGACGCUCAACAUGUUGAGUUCGGAAUCUCUAACGAGUAAUAAGGGGGAGAAGAGAACAGCUCACGAUAGUAAGCCUGUUAAUAAAACACGGAAGGUCUUUCACGCUAGCACUUCCUCCUCGACGUCGGAUAAAGCGAAAUGUGUUGCUUGUUCGGGGACUCAUCCCCUGAUAAAAUGUAUUAGUUUUAAAGCGAAGUCUGCGAGUGACCGACGUGACUGUGUGCAACGUUCGGGCGCUUGCUACAACUGCUUAGGGAGGCAUAGAGUUCGCGAUUGCCAAUCGAAUAAACGUUGCGGUGCCCCCGGUUGUCAGCGGAAGCACCACACCCUUUUGCACCCGAAAGCGGCUGCCGUGCAGGCUGCUGAGGGUCGCGCUCCCCCGACUGAGAAGUCGGGGCGGGUCGACGUCGAAACGAAGCCAGUAAUUGUUGGCGCUCACUCUGCCAGAGCCUCUCCCCUCACGGAGACUGUGUUGUUAGCAACUGCUCAGGUCGGAGCUUUGAAUUCGAGUAAGGAGGUGAUUAGAGUCCGCGCGUUAUUGGAUCAGGGCUCAGAGGCUUCUUUCGCGUCCGAGUCGGUGGCACAAAUUCGGUAUUUUAAUACUUAGAGAUUUUCUUCUUCCGUUGAA